AUGACGGCUCAGGAGGCACAACCGGAGGCCAAGACCUCAGGAUUGACCAUCGAGGUCAUCAACCAGGCGGAGGAUUUCACGGAUGCGUUUGAAAGUGCGGCCAAAUGCUUUGGCAACCAAAUCAACGAUGCAGUUUGGACAGCUAUGAACCCCGGCUGGAACACAGCCGAAGGGAAAGUAGCUGGAGCAUCUCGGCUAGCAGAUCGCUGGAAGUCAACCACUGAGACCAAGGACGGCAACCCAAAUACAGUGUUCCUCAAGGCGACCUUGCCGGAACCACAACAUGCUGAUAGGCGCAUACUGGUCGGCUUCGCUAUCUGGGCACAAUUGUCCGUGGUGGAAGGGUACGGCGACAAGCCGUCUACAGAUCUCAGCAAAAGCGUCGAUCUCGAGGCUCUUUAUCCCGGCAACACCUCUGAGCAGAGAUUCCUCAGCCAGGCAUUUGCGUCCCUCGUCAAGCAGCGUGUGGAAACAGUACAGUCGAAGGCAGGUGCGAGCCCUCCAGCUACGUUUGUGUUGGAUUUAUGCGUGGUUGAUCCUGCAUUCCAGCGCAGAGGCAUCGCACUCAAGUUGGUGCAGUGGGGGACCGAAGAGGCUAAGAGACGGGGUGGGCUAGAGGCUACAACGGAGGCCUCGCUCAUGGGACGACAUGUCUAUGCUAAGUUAGGAUUCAAACCUGUGGCAGACGUUGAGUAUAGAGUAGAUGAGGAUACCAUCAAGGGCCGCACCCUUCCACCGAACCUUUUCAUGCGAACUGGAAAAGCAGUAUAG